AUGGCCGACGAUUUUAAUUUCCUCAACUUCAUUGAGGACGGGUCCGAGCCAGCCCCUAAGGACACCCCAAAAGAGACCCAGGACUCGGAUUCCGAUGCUGAAAACGCCAAACGCAAAGACUUCUGGGACCACGUUCCCACCGACAACGGUGGCGCAGAAGGCUCACCCAACUCCAGCUUCAACUCCUCCCCUACGCUUCCGACUCAGCAUGACUUUCCCGCUCCAGAUGCAGGACAUGCCAAGCAAGGCACCAGAAAACCAGUUUUGCAGAGGCUUCGAGACGCCAGAACGUAUGGCUUUAGAAAGAAUGUGGAGAGAAGGGUGUUCAAGGGGUCUGGUGCCAUGGAUCAUGAUGAGAGUGGCAACUAUGAUCCCAAUGAAGAAGCUGCUGCCAAUAGGAGGCUAGCGAAGAAAAAAGCUGCGACGAAGUCGGGACCGGCUGAAGUGGAAACCACGCAAUAUGACUCUCAAAGCGAGGAAAUUCUGCCGUCAAUUGAGGAAGGUGUUUCCGCUGAGGAAAGCUCUGUUGAACAGAAGCAUGGAAAGGGUUCGAAGAAAAAGACCACAGCCGCGGCGGGACAAAAGAAGGGGAAGGGGAAAGGGAACGCAAAGGAGCCAGAGACAACCAACGAGGCAUGCUCAGCAUGCAGGAUCUUCGGGUUCGAUUGUAGCAUCCUUGACGACCCCGACCAGUUUCCCUGCACUUCCUGUUCCGAGCUAAGCAUUGCCUGCGUCCUCAAGAACCCCAUGACCCCCGAGGCCAAGGCCGAGAGAAAACGCGCCUUCGCCAAUGCCAAGAAGAAGAAAAAGGAGCAAGCGCGCUUGCAAAGAGAGCAGAAAAAGAAUAAAGGCAAGAACCUAGUGCAGCUGGCGGCGCAGAGAGCGGCGCCAAAGAUCGAUCCAAGGAAUAGGAAGUAUAUAUCGUGCGCCACAUGUCGGGCUGCAGACUUUGGCCACUGCUCGUUGAAGACAAGAGAGCAGACUGGACCUUGUAAACGCUGCACGUCUAAGAGGCUUGACUGCACAUUCGAGGAUAAAGUCAUUAAAUCCGGGAAAGCGGGGACUAAAAAUGGAAAGGUGGGGAAGGUGGCCAUCAGGGCCUCUUCUAAGGGCAGGGCCAGCCUCUUGAUGGUCUCUGCGGCGCGCACUCGCCCUGAGCCGAAGAAAAAGGAGAGGGUGCCGGAGGGAAUGUUCAAAAAGACAAUCAAGACGUCCUUCUGCCACCCGAUUGCCUUCAACCUCGAUCUCAAAAGGACCCGGUUCAUGGGCAUGAAUUGCCACUUCCACACCACCACCGCAUUUCCCAUGCUAGGCAUCGGCGAGCCGCAAGACGUUGAGGUCCUUGGGCCCACGAAACCAUGUCCCGCUAACCCCUUUGUCUACACCGAAUGCGCGCCCAGAAUAGUGCUGGUUAAAAAGAAGAAAACAGGAGAAAGAGGAGAGAGGUCAGAAGACGAAGAAGCCGACAACGACGACGAAGCCACAGAAGACGAAGAUGACGAAGAAGGAUACGAGUACGUAGAAGAAGAAGAAGACCCAACCUACGUCUGCACAGACUGCACCUUCGCGCGCCAACGCAUCCUCUUCUGCGACACCCAUUCCAUCUCCGCCAUCGCCGGCCUCAAGCACCCCCGUGAUUACGACUACAACUCCGCAUACGAGAAAAUCAUGAGGGACCAAAACAAGGGGUAUGGAGCAAACUCCGCUAGGGUCGUCAAAUGGUGCUCCGUUUGUGUGGCGCCGGCGUUCUACAAAUGCUGCGUCCCAGACCGAUUUGUUAAUGAAGUCGGGUGUGGGUUGCUGUUGUGCGAAGUCUGCGCACAGGGGCUCUGCGGGGGAGAAGCCAAAUUGGAAGGCCUGCUGGACGAGAUGGUCGAGGAGCAGGCGCGCGAUCCGUUCAUGCCGAUUCAGGAACGCAGAUCUGUAGUGCAGCAGGUGUCGCUUGAUCUCUUGAUUGACCGGGCAGGUCGCGAUGCGUUCAGAUACGAAGACGGAAUCAGAGCCGACGCGGGGUUCUUGACUAACCGUGGCGAGCUGAAGCUGUGGAUGGAAUCACAGACUGUAGCGGACCCCUAUGAGAUUGAGGAGCUAGAAGUGAGGAUGGAUGAGGCUACAGGCGCUGGAGCGGCAGGUGACGCGGGGUGGGCUAGAUGGGGUGAGGGGAUAGGAGUUAAUGGGGGACGUGAAGAGACGUUUGAGGAGCAUGAUUUGAGGAUGAAAUUGGAGAAGGGGAAGGCGGAGCAGGCGAACCCUGCCUUUACGAGCGUGGCGCCGUCUGUAUCGGACACUGAUGACUGGGCUCUUUGAAGGGAUCGCGCGGGGGAGUUAAUUUGGCGUCGCUGUUUUUCGAGGCAACUUUACCUGGGUGAGCUUGCUGGAAGUUGGUGUGGGGGUUUGGAGGGGACGGAGAAAGUUCUGAUGCUCGUGGAUGGGAUCGUUCUGUCCUGGUUCAUUUACCCAGGAUUGGCAGGGGAACUAUUUUUAUACUGGCUCUGGCAUCGUGUCACCUCAACCGCGACCGUUGGUGGAUGCAGAGGAUACCAGAUAUAUAAAAUAGACGGAUAUUAUUUCAACCCAGGCAUUCACACUAUGCAGACACUCAGAUAGCGAUUAUUGCACCAAAGCGCACAUCGAUUAUAUUUUAUUAUAUCAGAUAAUUAAAGCUGUUCAAAAUAUUCCCCCUCUCACUGUGAAAGAUAUGUCGUUCCGUCAUACUUCCCGACCUUGUUCACAUCAACUCUGAAGCUCUCUGGCGGGCCCAAGUAGCUCUUGCGCACUCCACCGAGAUCGAUCACAAUCUUCUGGAG